AUGAGCGGCUCUUCUUAUUUUGAACAGUUUAAUGUUGUGUGGCUAUUUGGUUUGACAAACUCUGCUAUAAUGAUGUCUCUUGUCAUUUUUGUGGUUUUGUUGUUUUUAAAAGGAAUUGAUUUGAUUCCUAAAAGAUGGCAAUCUUUUUUUGAAUUAGUGUGCUUUCAUUUUUAUUCUGUGGCAAAAGAGAACUUAGGUGUUGAGGGUUUAAAAUUUUUUCCUUUUAUUCUUUCUCUCUUUUUUUUUUUAGUCUUUUUAAACAUCUUUGGUUUAUGUCCUUAUGUCUUUACCCCAACAACUCAUAUUAUUGUAACUCUUGGGUUUUCUUUUUCGAUUAUUAUCGGGAUUACUCUCUCUGGGCUUUUAAGGUUUAAAAAAGAUUUUUUUAGUAUUUUAAUGCCUAGUGGGGCCCCUUUAGUUUUAGCUCCUCUUUUGGUCUUAAUAGAAACGGUUAGUUAUUUUUCUCGGGCUAUUUCUUUGGGGGUUCGUUUGGCCGCAAAUCUUUCUGCUGGACAUCUUUUGUUUGCUAUCUUAGCCGGUUUUGGUGUUAUUUUUAAAUCGGCAAUUGUAAUAAUGGUUUUUAUUACAUUAUUAGAAAUUGCUGUUGCGAUUAUUCAAGCUUAUGUUUUUUGUUUAUUGACAACUAUUUAUUUGGCGGACACACUUGUUUUACAUUAA